AUGAAGCGGAGUUCGAGUUUUCCCAGGAAGGUUCGAGUAAUAUACAGUGAUCCUUACGCUACGGAUUCAUCAACCGACGGCGACGACGAUCAGACGAUGAACAAGACAAAGACUCGAAUUCAGGGUAUCAAGCGACGUGUCAAGGAGAUUACGUAUUCAUUUGAUCCCUUCUAUUCAUCCGAAAACGAUAGCAAACGACGUCGAAAAUCUUGCACCAUGGCCACAGGUGUUCGACGAAGGCCGUGGGGCAAGUUCGCUGCGGAAAUCAGAGAUCCAUUCAACAAGAAACGUCAAUGGCUCGGCACUUACUGCACCAUGGAGGAAGCUUCCGCUGCUUAUCAGGCCAGGAAACGCGAGUUCGAGAUAAUGGCGGCCGAGGAGAAUAAGAACACUCCGUUGAUUCUGUUGUCGCCUUCAUCGGUGCUCGAUGUUUUGGUCAAUGCCAUCGAAGACAACGAGAAUGAAACAAUGGAAGAUCAGUACGUAUUGAAUAAAGCCGUGAAAGAGUACAAAUUUGUCCAAGAAAGGAAAAUUACUGUUGACGAAGUAGUAUCCGUUACAGAUUUGUGGAAUGACGAGGCAUCAGUCAUGGAGUCAUGGGAACCUCCAUCGGCUUCGGAUACAUGGGAUGAGCUCUUCGGACGAUGGGAUCUCGACACUCAUACUUCUAACCAUCAUGACGAUCUGUCAUCGACCAACAACGUCGUCGACUGCCGGCCGGAGAAUACUAAGUUGAUUGAUUUGCCUGACAUGAAAAUGGACAAUGGGGAUAUGGGUUGGGUGGAUGACUUUUAA